UAGAUUUACGCUCCAGAUGGCUGACACACCCCAUACAGCCUACACUACCCCACACCUCGGCCACCUAGAUCUCCACCGUCAACCCCACAAACCCUUCUCCAUUUUCGCAGAAACACAGAGCCAGAGCUCGAGAUGGGCGCAACACAAGCGAUGAAGAGAAUUCCGCUUAUCAAGUUUCCUCAGAGGCACCGCAAACCCUCCGGUUCUGCAUCUGCAUCCCAGGCAGUGUCUGCAGAUGGGAAUGCUCAGCAGAGUUCCUUUACUAGGAUGAAGGUUCCUGUUGCCCCUUCAAAUGUUGGUUCAGGAGGGAAGGCUUCUCUCCAGCCAAAACGAACUCCAGUUUCUAAUGAGGAAAUUGAGGCUAUUUUGGUAUGUAAAAUGAGAAUUCUAACAUUUACUGCUCUAGUCUCUCUUUUGUUCUUCCACCUUUAUCUGUGUUACCAAAAAUCACCUUUGUCUUUUUGUUAAUCGAACGAGGAUUGUUGAAGUUGUGGACAAAGGCCAAUCCACUAUAACGGGUCAUUGUCGAUUAUGGAAUAUACCAUUAGCCAGUGAAUAUUCGAGUCCAUAUAAAAUAUAUGCCAUUCUCCUUACAAGGAUAAUUUAUUGUUGUUUUUGUGAAGUAUUAAAUAUGAAAGAAUCCUCUGUAUGGGAUUGCUGCAUGGCCCAUUCAUUUGGUUGGCUAGUUUCAUCUAUUUUUAAUAAUUGAGAAAAAUAGUGCAAUGUUUGGUUUCAAGAAAGUAGGAAGAAAAAAAUAUUAAGGAAAAGUUUUACUAUGAAAAACACGAAAUAAUAUUAAAUAUAAUGUACUUAAUAAUUUAUGUACAAGACUUCAAAUAAGUAAGAUAAGUUUGAAGUAGCAUAUAAAAUAAUUUAUUAACUUCAAAUCUUUUUAAAAAAAAUUUCUUUUCUUUUACUUUUCCUCUCUAUUUUGUUUGUCUCGUAUUUUUCCUCAAAUUUCCCGGGAACCAAACAUAGCCUAAAUAAUUGGCAUGGACCAUGGCUCAGAAUCAGCAUGAGCGAAUGAUUAAACCAUUUUACAGUUGUCAUAACCAUGGCUUGAAAAUUAGUUGUUUGGUAUGAUGGUUGAGAUUUUCCUUCCGGGUUGCAACUUGCAAUGCAUACAAGGCGGGGACCCUGACAAGGAGCCCUGCCUUGCUGUGUGUAUGCACUGCCUCAUAUGACUGUGGCUUGUAUCCUCUUGUCGCCUUCUUGAAUUGGUAAUGGCUUCUUCAUGUGUUUUUUUUUUUUUAAACAUUUGCAGUUGGGAGGCUGCUUCUGAUCUUUUGAUGGAGCUCUGAGACAGGAAGUCGAUGUAUUGGGCUGUUCUUUGUCUUUUGAAUUUCUUUCUUUAUUUUGUAGAAAUCAAAUUUUUUUACUUUCUACGUAAACAGAGAAGGUUAUAAUGCAACGAUCAGCUUUCUGAAAUCUUCUACAUAAACAGUGUAUCUUGAGGAGAUUAUAAUGUAAUGAUCAGCUUUCUGAAAUCUUCCCAAGUGGAAAAACUAAUUAUAUCUGGAGAAGGUUAUAUGCAAAGAUCCAGGUUUCUGAAA